ACGACACCACCAACGCUCCCACUACCUUGACAGUUAUCGCCGGAAAAACUCAAGCUUUAUGAGUAGCCGCAAAGAUAAAAAGCCCCCCGGGGGGAAGAAGCAAGCAGAGGAACAGCGAGAGAAUAUUCUGCAAGCUGUCGUGCUCGCAGAUUCCUUUCAAAAACGGUUUCGGCCGUUUACACUUGAGACUCCUAGGUGCCUUCUCCCCUUAGCAAAUACGCCUCUGAUCGAGUAUACCCUUGAGUUUCUUGCUCUUUCCGGGGUCCAAGACGUUUUUAUAUUCGCCUCUAGCCAUGCCGAGAAGGUUGAGGAGUACAUCCGUUCCUCGAGAUGGGCAAAGAAAUCGUCACCCUUCAAGAAUUGUCGAAUCAUUCUGUCACCGGCCAGUGCUUCAGUCGGUGACGCCAUGCGUGAGCUCGACUCCAAGCAGCUAAUUACUACGGACUUUUUGAUGGUGCAUGGGGAUUUCAUAAGUAACCUACCACUUGGGGAUAUCCUAGAUAUUCAUCGAAAGCGUAGAACUGCGGAUAAGAACGCCAUCAUGACUAUGGUUUUGAAGGAGGACAGCAGUGGGCUCCGGGCAAAGGCGAAGAGUGAGAGAGGUGUAUUUUUGGUUGAUCCUGCUUCGAACCGGUGUGUCCACUAUGACGAGAUUGCCCCGCACGGAAGAGGUGGCGCGCUUGUACCCCGUGAAUUAUUCAAAGACCAUUCCGAACUUCAGAUAAGGAACGACCUGGUUGAUUGCUAUCUGGAUAUCUGCUCCCCCGACGUGCCUGCUCUAUUCACCGAGAACUUCGAUUAUCAACACAUCCGUCUGCAUUUCCUCCACGGCAUUCUAACUGACUACGAUCUCUAUGGCAAGACCAUCCAUACCCACAUCAUGAAGGGCUAUUACUUAGCUCGUGUGAGGAGCCUUAGGGCAUAUGACGAGGUUAGUGGGGAUCUGAUGGAGCAAUUGGCAUACCCGGUGGUCCCGGACACCAAUUUCCUCGACGACCAAGGCUAUGACUCGGCGAUGGGAGGUCGCUAUAUAGAUGAGGGCGCAUUCCUGGAGCAAUCGGUUACUAUCAGGCCAUUGACUAUUAUUGGGACAAAUACCAGUGUUGGUGAAGGAAGCGUUGUGGGAACCAGCACCAUUGGCAGAAAUUGUGAAAUUGGGUCAGGCGUGGUUGUUGAUGGGUCUUACGUCUGGGAUGGUGUGGCCAUCGGGGACGGAUGUAGGAUAUAUAGCUCAAUCAUCGCUAAUGGAGUGAAGCUGGGAAAAGACUGCAUUGUUGAGAGAGGGGCUUUAAUCUCCUAUAACGUACAUAUCCCGGAUGGCACUACCGUUAAAGCCGGAAGCAGGAUCAGUACCUACAAGAGAAAAUCUGAUAUAGAUUCUGAUUCUGCUACGCCCCUGUCAAUAUUUUCGGUGAGCUUCCAGGAUGAAGAUCUUGUCGAUGGCUCAGAAUCCUCGAUAUCCACCAUUUCUGACGACGAUGAGGAUUCCGAUGGUGAGCUUACCCCUGGAGACAAGAAGCUUAGGAAGCGCUCAGAUUCAGUAACAACAGCAACAUCGGAGGAUAACGCUGAGGCGGAUGCAUGGCAUAAGGAAGCAGCUGUAUCUCUGCUCACAGCCAUGCAAGGAGACCACCCUGUUGAAGUGGCUUCGUUGGAACUCAAUGGUCUCAGGAUGACAUCGAACGCAUCUUGGCACCAGGUCCGCAGAGCCGCAGUCUCUGCUCUACAUACCCGUAUAGAAGAGGUCGUCGCCACCCGGUCGAAGAGCCUGUCGGAGGUUACCAAUGAGGUCUUUACCCGCUGGGAGCUCCUCGUAAAGCGUAUGAUCUUUGACCAGGAAGAUCAAUCGGAUUUCCUAUUACUAGUGCAAAAGGACUGCAUUGAGAGGAAGAAUGGGGGUAGCCUUCUCCUGAAUGUUGCACAAAGGGCCUUUGAGCUGGAUAUAGUAGAAGAGGAAGCUAUCAAUACCUGGUGGGAGGACGAGAGGAGCUCCACCGACGCAGGCGGAAUGAGUAAGGUUAGACAAGCUACUAAGGCGUUCGUCAAAUGGCUUGCCGAAGCAGAGGAGGAAUCCUCAGAAGAGGAAGAGGAUGAUGAUGAUGAUGAGUAGGGUGACCUGCUAUGCGUCUGGGGUUAUUUAUACAUAAACGAUAGAUACCGUAGUUUGUGGGUGUCCUGUCGGUUUCGGAUUGGGAGUUUAUUAGGGGAAUUCCCCCACUGUACAAUAUAGUAAAUUUCUUUUAGCUUC